AGAUGACUACAUGUGUGCAUCCUCGGUCCGCUACACAACGCAGGGCCACUGCCAGACGGCGACCGUAGGGUGACGGUGAAGUGGCAGAAGGCGUCCACCAGUAGUGACAGGCGGCCUCCACCAGUAACAGGCGGUCGUUCUCCGCAAGUCGUCCAGUGCCGCGCUGGGCGAUGCAGGGAACUUCAGCCCGCUGCCCCACUUCGCUGACGCAAUCACGGGCGCAUGCGCUCACCAGUCAACGGCAACGGCAACAGCAACAGCAACAGCAACAGCAACGCUUCUGCACUUUCGGUGACGGCGCCCGCCCUGCCCCUCGCGCCCAUGUAAAGGCCACAGCCGGCGAAAUGCCACCGAUGCAGCUUGCCCACCCCUCGCCGAAGCGCAAGCGCGACCAGCCGCAGCAGAUUCCGCUGCUCAACACGGCCCUGGCCAUCCGACCCGCACACACCCCACCACGACGAGACAGUCCCGCACCGUCGUCUGGCCCCGACAGCCCCAGAAAUGCAGUCGCAGACCAGCUGCGGGGGAUGACGCUCAUCGCCACCGCGGCCAUUCCCAUGUCCCCGCUCACGCCCACGGACAAUGUGACACGCAAGAAGCCGAAGCUUGGCGCCCUGGACGUCGACGACGGGGACGGCCCCAGUGCGCAGACCGCACAGGCGCAUACCAAGCCCCGCAACAAGGUCGGGAUUCUGGACGCUGCUGCACUCGGACCUGUGCUGGACGCCGCUCGAGAGAUCCCGGAGACACCCCAAGCGCCGCGACCCCGCAUCGUGACAGACACGGCCGCUUUUGCGCAACCCCGCACGUUGGUGUCGUCAUGUGGUAGCACUCGUUCGUCACAGACAUGGCCCAGCAGCCAGACCAGCGACGCAUCAGCAUCAACAGACCGGUCACAGUCACAGCCGCGACCGCAGUCUUCAACGCCCCCACCCUCCGCCCUCACGUGGCAGGACGACGAGAUCACGGGCCACCUCACGGGCCCCGCCAACGACCCAGACGACGACGGCACUGGACUGAACGGGAUUGGGUUCAAGCCGACGCCUGCGAUUGCCUACCAGCGCGCGCAGAGGCGCAAGCAGCAGCUGCAAGACUGGAAGGCCAGGGAAACCCGCGAAGCCCGCGCCAAGCGCAGCCAGAGACGGAACCGCGGCGUCGGUGCUCGGCCGCGCGUAUCUAGAGAAUCGACUGUCGAGAGAGAGGCGCCGCACCAGCUCCUGGAGGUGCCUCGACGAAAGGUGCAGUUCUCCGUGUGAGCUGGCAGACGAGACGGGAUGGGACGAGACGGGAUGGGACGAGACGAGACGGGAGGAGACGAGACGGGAGGAGACGAGACGGGACGGGACAAGACGAGACGGGAUGGGACGAGACGAGACGGGAAGAUGAAAAGACGAGACAAGAGACGAGAAGAUGACAAGACGAGAAGAUGACAAGACGAGAAGAUGGCAAGACGAGAAGAUGGCAAGACGAGAAGAUGGCAAGACGAGAAGAUGGCAAGGAAGUAAUGUAAUGAGGGGAUCUGCGAUGACAUGGAGAGCAAGACGAGACGACUAACGACAGCAACAUGACGAACGCUCGCUUGGCUUCUGGGG